AGAGCGGGGAAUAGCCAACAUAGCUGGCUCAUGCUGCCAGCCAGCAGGCAGCGUCCCCUGCGCCUAUCAGAGACAGUCCCUGCACAGUGCACACUCAGUCCCUGCACUGUUUGCUCCUCCUGUGUCAUUCUGUCCUUCCCUCCUCACUUGGUCUUCCCGUCAUUCUUUCCUCAGUGGCAGGAUUACAGAACCUGUUGCUGGCGUGCCCUUGUCUGAGCUUUCUGCCUGACUUUUUUCCUCUGCUCAGACCUUCUCUUUGCUCCGGGGCUGCACUAAGCAUGGAGAAUGACCAGUCUUCUGCCUCACCUGGGCAGGACAUCCAGGGGCAGAGUGGGGACAAACCUUCCCCUGGCCUGGCACCCUCUGCAGCAGUCCCCAUGGCGCAGCCAGGUACCUGGCCCGAAGCAGCUGUGUGUGACAUCUCAGAGGAGCUGAGCCGGCAGCUGGAGGACAUCAUUAAAACUUACGGGUCUGCCACGAGCCUGAUGGAGAAGGAAAGCACUGCUGCAGGAACCAACAAGCCUGAGAAGGGAGAGCCAGGCAGCUUGGAGGAUGCAGAGUAUGAAGAUGGAAAUGAAGAGAGUGAGAAAGAGAAGCUGGCUCCUGGGGAUGCUUCCAAAGCAAAGGAGCCCAGUGGCAACAAGGAGCAGAAGCUGGAGAAGAAAAUCCUGAAGGGACUAGGAAAAGAAGCCACCCUACUGAUGCAAAGUUUGAAUAAGCUGAAUACUCCAGAAGAGAAGCUGGACCUGUUGUUUAAGAAGUAUGCUGAGCUGCUUGAAGAACAUCGUGCUGAGCAGAAAAAGCUGAAGUAUCUACAGAAGAGACAGGCUCAGAUCACCAAGGAGAAGGACCAGCUGCAGAGUGAGCAUAGCCGAGCCAUCCUCGCUCGCAGCAAGCUCGAGAGCCUCUGCCGAGAGCUCCAGAGGCACAACAAGAACCUCAAGGAGGAAACAAUCCAGCGGGCACGGGAGGAAGAUGAGAAGAGAAAAGAAAUAACUAAUCACUUCCAGAGCACACUGAGUGAAAUCCAGGCUCAGAUCGAGCAGCAAAGCGAGAGGAACAUGAAGCUCUGCCAGGAGAACACGGAGCUGGCGGAGAAGCUGAAAAGCAUCAUUGACCAGUACGAGCUGCGGGAAGAGCACCUUGACAAAAUAUUUAAGCAUAGAGAACUUCAACAGAAACUGGUGGAUGCCAAGUUGGAACAGUCUCAGGAAAUGAUGAAGGAAGCCGAGGAGCGACACCAGAAAGAGAAGGAAUAUCUCCUGAACCAAGCUGCAGAAUGGAAGCUCCAGGCCAAAAUGUUAAAGGAGCAAGAGACUGUCCUACAGGCACAGAUUACUCUCUACUCUGAAAGAUUUGAAGAAUUUCAGAAAACAUUGGCCAAAAGCAAUGAAGUGUUUGCCACAUUCAAACAGGAGAUGGAAAAAAUGACAAAGAAAAUGAAGAAGUUAGAAAAGGAUACUGCUACAUGGAAAUCCAGGUUUGAGAACUGCAACAGAGCAUUACUGGAUAUGAUUGAAGAGAAAGCCAUGAGGUCCAAGGAGUAUGAGUGCUUCGUGCUGAAAAUCCAGAGACUAGAGAACCUCUGCCGUGCUCUGCAGGAAGAGAGAAAUGAAUUGUACAAAAAAAUCAAGGAAGCACAGUUCCCAGAGGAGGUGAAUGGAAAUGGCAUCUUAGAAGAAGAAGAAGAAGAUGAUGAAGAACAUGAUACUAAAACAACCCCUUCCCCCUCUGAGCAGGCGAGCAUUGAGCUGCAUGAGAGUGACAAGAGGAUGCUGAAGCAGCUGGCUGAAGCUUUCAGGGUGUCCCACAAGGCAGAGGAUUCCCUCCCAAGCAACAGCAGCAAUCCAGAGACCUGUGACACUCAAACAUGUAAUGCCGUCCUGGUGCCAGAACCUCCUGCCCCACUCAUUCCACGCUCAGAGGCUAGAAACAACUGUGAGCAGCCCAGCACGAGCACACCAACACCCACUGAACACACACCAGCACCUACUGAAAGUAUGACAGCACACACAGAGAAUGUGUCAAAGCCCACCAAAAGCAUGCCCUCACUUCCAGACAGGGUGCCAACACCCACAGAAAGUGUGCCAAUGCCUCCUGAGAGUGUGCUUGUACCCACUGGGAAUAUGCCAAUACCCACUGAAAGCAUGCCAGCAACCCCCGAAAAUGUGCCAACCCUCACUGAAAACACACCCAUGUCCCUUGGGAAUAUGCCAGCACCCAUUCAGUGUCCACCAAAAGCUGCAGAAUGUGCAGAUGACCCAGCAGAUAGAUCUGUCCAGGGUCAGUCCGUGGAGCAAACAGGGGACACAGACAUGGAAGCAGUGGAUUGAAGACACCGUGUGUCCAGGCUUGUCUUCACAAACCAGAGCGCUGUUUUAUCUUCUAAAUAGAUAUCUUUUUUUUAAGAAACAAAAAUCGAUUCCUAAAACACACUCAUGUAUUUGUAUGCAAAUGCAAUGCACUUCUCUUUGCUUCCACUAUCCAGUAAUAAUGGGUCUGCAAAUUUUGCAGUCCUUCAUCUGCUUGAAGUAUAUUUUCUUAAUGACGUGGAAAUACAAUGAAAUCACAGGACCUUUUUUUCCCAGGCAUAAUGAGUCAUCUCAUUCAGGAAAAUAAUUUUAAUGUUUCACUUCCAUGUUUCAAAAACUAAUGCAACUCUCAUGCAUAUAUUUAAAGACUCAUAAUUAAUUCUAUCUAUUUAUUUUGACAUUGCAUAAAAGGUGGCCUAGUUGGACACAAAGUGACUUUAAUAAAUGAGGUGAAAGCAAUCUGUAAUUACAAAGUGAAAUAGUGAAACCAUGAAUGUGGUCAGCCAUAUCCAAGGAGGGGUGCUACAACCAGAGGUGAAUUUUUGGACAAGGAAGUGACCACUCAGCACCGUAACCUAAACACCCACAAGCUUUCAGCCUUACCUUCCAUUGGUCUUUUCUGCUCAGUGUUCUAGAAUGGGUUUUGUUUUCAACAGAACUACAGGGAAAGGGAAAAGACCUUUUCUAGAUUCGCAUAAAAUAACCGAAAACAGCAGCAAUUUCCAAAUUUAUGGCAAUUCCCAAGGUAGGGGUCACAACUCUCUUUCUACAUCCAACAGAAAACUGCUACAUUAUCAUACUAUGUGGAAUCACAAGGCCGACAGUGGGGAUCAUGCUUCUUUCCAUCUCACAAACGAGGUUAGAAGUUCAGAAGUUGGUUGCAGAUGCCAGUUUCUAGGCAAGGAGAAGAAAACAGAGUGGAAAGUACCAGGAUGUAUUCCAGAAGAAUACAGGAGAAUAAUUUUGAGAUCGUGAUUCUGGAUGGUGCUGUCCUUCCCAGUAACAGCCACAUGAACCACAGCUUCCUCCUGGAACUGCUGCACGUGCUCAUGCUCCCAGGAGAAGACUGAAAACUCACCUGUCACCCAAUUCUGGAAGCAGAGCACAAGUCAAUAAGGCAGAAGCAAAGAGGAAUCAGGAAAGCAGGAAUCCCUUUCACGGAUGCCUCCAGGGGCUGGCUAGAUUCCCAUCCCCUUCCUUGUCUAACCAGCUUUUCCCAUCUGCCUGCCAACAGCUGUUGCUUAAUAAUGUAGCCACCUUGUCAGAAACUGGUUUAUUCUGGUGCCAAAAACAGACAUGACGAAGGAAGGAGGCAAGAGAAGAUACCUACCCAGACAGCUCCACAGCCUCAAGCAAGGAGAGUAAGCAAGCUUUUUGAAAGAAGGUUAAAAUAAUUCUGGGGGACAUUCCUUGAUUCUCAUUACUUUCCUCUCAAUUCCAUCCAGGCCUUUCAGAGUCUUAGCUGGAUAGCUUAAGAAUUUGAAAAGGGCAAUUAAACAAGAUGUUUAGAGGUUGGAAAGGGAAAUCUUACAAUCAAAGAAACCCAUGUUUAUAGACAAAUCCCAAGAAGACCCCAAAGACAAAGUGACUCAUUCAAGCCAAAUUUGAAAUACAGGUGAACCAAGAGAAAAGAUGUAAUCUUUGACACACUGUGGGAAACAGUGGCCACAAAGUCUUUCCAGCAAGCCACCCUCCAAAACUGGGGUUUGAAUCUUUGCUUUCUGCCAAGAUGGUCCAUACCCUGGUUAAAUAUGUCUGUGAACUGCUUGGUUACAGAGCUAACCCUUGGAGUAUACAGAGCAUAAACUGCAAAAGUGUGUUUGGAUAUGGCCUGUAGCUAUCAUGACUACAGUUUUCAAUUGUGAAUGCCUUAUGUUAGAUAACAAGACCUACAGGAUUUAUCUCAUGUCUUUAAUCAUGUGAAAGUAGAUAACUUGAGUCUUAGUUAUCUUAAGCUCCUUUUAUAAGCAGUGGAGAAGGAAAAGCAUCUUUUGAGAUAAGUUAUCCCAAGAUAAGACUGGCAUCCAAGUCAGAAGGAAUUACUUUCUCUCUGAAGAUGAUCUUUCUCUUCAGAUGCUAGAGCCAGCCUAAGACAACUAAUUUAAAUUUAGUACGUCUAUUGUGAGGUAUUUAAAUUAGGCAACAUGAAUUCCAUCAAAUAUUCAGAUUCAAAGCCUAAGUGAAUGGCCAUCUCUGAAAACCAAGACAGUUAUGUGCCUGUGAAAACAUUAAUCUAUAACAAAUCUGUAUCCUAAGAUAAAAAGUUAUACUCACCUGAUACACUUCUUUUAGUUUCCAUUGACUUAAGUUGGUAGAAAUAUAGUUUCUGUUACAAGUUUUGUUUGUUAUCAGGGUGACUUUUAAAAUUAAUGCAAUUUAUAUACUUGUUGACGUUUUAAUUCUUGAUGUUGUUUGAUUCUGUUGCCAUUUUACUAACCACCUGCAUGAAACCGACUUCUUUUUCUUUAAAGACACCCUUCUUUUUGUUCAAA